UGCCGAAAGUUCUGUUUUCCCCGGCCAGAAUAAUUCAUACUGUCAACUUCAUUCCUCCCCCAAAAAGUCCUAUUCCUGUCUCCUCCCCGUCCCAUUGCUCAAUUCCUUCAUCUCCUCCUCCAUCAUGUUCCAGAGAAUCCUCCUCAGACAAGCCCAGGCUGCCCGCUCUGUGGCCACCCGCACGUCAUCGGCACCUUUGGCUGUUCGUCGCACGUCACAGCUUCCUCAGACUUUCCGCCCGCUUGUUAGCCAGCCCGCCUUCCGCAGCUAUUCCACCGAGAACCAGGCCGAGCAGAAGAAGGACGCCGAGUCCAAGGAAGCCACCGAGGACCCCGUCCAGAAGGAGCUGGAGGAGAAGAAGAAGGAAGCCGCCGACCUGAAGGACAAGUAUGUUCGCUCCGUGGCCGACUUCCUCAACCUCCAGGAGCGCACCAAGCGUGACAUGGACAACGCCCGCAACUAUGCCAUCCAGAAGUUCGCGGCCGAUCUGCUCGAGAGUAUCGACAACUUCGACCGUGCUCUCCUUGCCGUGCCUAAGGAGAAGAUCGAAUCUCCUUCCGCCGAGAACAAGGACCUGAACGAGCUGGUCACCGGUCUGAAGAUGACCCAGAACAUCCUGAUGAGCACGCUGGGCAAGCACGGUCUGGAGCGCUUCGACCCUGACGAGCUCACCGAGGAGGGCAAGCCCCAGAAGUUCGACCCCAACCGUCACGAGGCCACCUUCAUGGCCAAGGCCGAGGGCAAGGAGAACGGCGACAUCAUGUACACCCAGAGCAAGGGAUUCAUCCUGAACGGCCGUGUCCUGAGAGCUGCCAAGGUCGGCGUUGUCAAGAAUGACUAAAUGCCCCACUUUUUCAGCUCUUGACACCUUUUCCCAUUUCUCCUUCUAAUCUUCUCUCUGUAUAAUAUACCAAAAUAUGUCUUUUUCUUUGUUAUGACGGGGGUCAACCCACGGUAUUUUCUCUACUGGGACUGAUUUCUCAAAAUCUUCACGUUCCUCGGAUCAUUGCUGCUUUUUGUCUAUGAUUGCAUGUGUAUGAUACACCU